AUGGCCGCUGCUGCCGCAGGUUCCUUUCCUCCCAACAUCCCCCUUCUUCCAGGAUAUAUGCCUGGCUCCGGAGGUUCUUUGGUCUUUCCGCAGCCACAUCUGCCCCCCGGUCUGCACCCCGGCACCUCUCCGGGCCACCAAAUGGCUGCACAACUGCCUUUACCUCCAGGUGGCCUACUUCCGCCUCCAGCUACCGAACUCACUCCUACACCCAACCUUCCAACCCCCCCUCAUCCUCAACUUGCCUCUGCCCCACCCCCGGCAACCAGUCCCGGAGUAGCCACAUCUCUGGGCUCUUCGGUCGGCCAGGCUCCGAUACCAUCUGGUAUGGUCGCCGGAGCGGCUGCACUAAACGGCUGCCCGAAGCCUGGACCCGGCCCAUCCGCUCCUUUCGGCAGCGGACUUUACGGACAUCCAUUGUCGGUAGAUCUGCACAGAGUCCGUCUUCAACAGCCCGGCGGUCUUCUGCCAAACAACCUGGUUCGAGGCCCACCAUCCGACCUCGGACCACAUCACCUGGCCUACCCUGGCAUGCCAGCAUCGGCGUCGACCGGCAGUAUGACCCUUUCUUUGCCGCCGGUCUCGCGCCACUUGGAGCAUCAGCUUCCGCCCAACGACAGACAUCUUGUCGGGCCUUCUGACGAAAGUGCGCUUGGUGAGGCGAAUGUGGGUCUUCUGAUCACUCCAACCAGUGGAUCAGCCAGUCUGGCCGGCACGGCUUUCGGCCACUCUGAUGAGAUAUUCUGUCCGCCAAACUUGCAGCCCAACUCAGCUCACGAUCUCAUCGGCCCAACGCCAGCAAUGACGCCAAUGCGAAUGAACGCCUGCGUUGACCCGGAGCAACAAUUGCUUCUGGCCACUUCCCUUUCUCUACCGCUUUCGCUUGCACUGCCGCCACCACCAUCGGUUGGAUUGUCGGUGACACGAAUUGCUGGCAACUCCGUAUCUCCUUGUAGUCGACACCAGUUGCAUGAUCGCAUCUCCACCACACGUGAGUCUUUCUCGGGUUGA